UCAUAAUUAAAUGUACCAGGAAAAGUAACAUUUCCAAAAGUGGCCCACUUUACCUAUAACAUUUUUAUUUUGAUUAUCAUUAAUACUUAUUAAUUUAAAUAACUAUCAUGAUUUAUGUAGGAUGCUUGAAAAGUAUGAUUAGGUAGGCCUGUAGGUAAUAUAAAUGGUUCAGAGAGCAGAUGUCUCUUUUGAGAUGGUUCCUUAAGAAGAUGAUGACGAUGCGCGGAUGUGUUGUCAUGUGACGUCAUUCUACUGGAGGACAGGCGUUGUUCUUUGCACAAAAGGGCUGAACGGGGUCUGGUCCGUCAGGUGCAAUUCAGAGAGGCUCGGAGCUUAAAUACAGGCCGAUAUGAGCCAGUGAGAUCACGCAUCAGAGUACUGAUCAUCUUUAAUCACUAUGACGACGCAGCGUUCGUGAUCAGCAUCAGCAUCAACCGCAUCAUCCGCCCUGCUCAGGUGCGCCGCAUCCAGCGGAGAGGAUGGAGUUCAAAGAGCUGGUGGACACAGCGGAGAAAUGGUGCUCCGGAAACCCGUUCGAUCUGAUUUUCGCCGAGGACAUGGACGAGAGGCGCCUGGACUUCUACGCCGAGCCCGGUGUGUCGUUCUACGUGCUCUGCCCGGACAAUCUCACCGGAGGAACAGAGAAUUUUCAUGUGUGGAGUGAGAGUGAGGACUGUCUGCCGUUUCUGCAGUUAGCACAGGAUUACAUCUCCUCCUGUGGGAAGAAAACACUGCUGGAGGUGCUGGACAAAGUCUUCAGAUCCUUUAGGCCUCUCCUGGGUCUUCCAGACAUUGAUGAUGACACAUUCGAUCAGUACCAUGCAGACGUGGAGGAGGAACCAGACCACCAACAGAUGGGUGUGAGCCAGCAAUAGGGCCCAGCAGAGAGGCUCAGCGCUGGUCCACAGCCCCUUCUCUCUGAACCACACUUACCUGGCUCUUCUCCUUAUACACACACACACACACACACAUGGGCUUUCUUUUUGUGUCAUGCACACACACUGCACCUUUACACCCUUAAACAUCUGGCCAGCUUUCCUGCACCAUGGUUCUUGCUUUUUCAUCUACUGUAUAUUACUUUUAUCUCACUUUCAUUAACUCUCAUCACUUUCAUCCAGAGCUAAAACAAAUCUCACUCCCAACUCUCAUAACUCUGUUUAAAUCUACACCUUGUAACCUAGUUGAGCAAGUUUGCUCACAUUGCAUUGUGAGAUACAGCAUUCCUUUCAUUGUGCUCUGGUUGUAUACUUUGUAGUGCGUUGCAGAAAUAGCGUGAGUAGUAUGGGAGUUUGCCAUUUCGAGCAGAGCCAUUGUGAAUUUGCUGAAGAAUAAACAAAGAUAGCAUUACUGAGAACCCUGAACGACAUCAGAAUGUCAAACCAGAGAAUCAAACCAGAUAUUCAUCAAGGUUAAUAGUUCUCAGUUAAAAAAGUUUCACCCAAAACUGAAAAUUCUCUCAUCAUUUACUCACCCUCAUGCCACUCCAGAUGUGUAUGGUUGCCAAACACAGCAAAACUGAGAUUUUUAGAAGAAUAUCUCAGUUCUGUAGGUCCAUACAAUGCAAGUGAAUGGUGAUCAGAAAUCAGAAGGUCCAAAAAUGACAAAUAGGCAGCAUAAAAUUAAUCCAUAUGACUCCAGUGGUUAAAUCUGUAUCUUCUGCAGUGAUAUGAUAGGUGUUGGUGAAAAACAGAUCAACAUUUGAGUCCUUUUUUCUAUCAAUCUCCACCUUUGACCAGCCCCAACCAGUAGGUGGCUGAAUGUGAAAGUGAAAUUGUAGGUUUACAGUAAAAAAGGACUAUUGAUCUGUUUUUCACCCGCACCUAUCAUACUGCUUCUGAAGACAUUGAUUAAACCACUGGAGUCAUAUGGAUUACUUUUAUGCUGCCUUUUUGGACCUCCUGAGUCUUGGUCACCAUUCACUUGUAUUGAAUGGACCUACAGAGCUUAAAUAUUCUUCUUAAAAUCUUCGUUUGUGUUCUGCUGAAGAAAGAAAGUCAUACACAUCUGGGAUGGCACGAGGGUGAGUAAAUGAUGAGAUAAUUUUCAGUUUUGGAUGAACUAUCCCUUUAAGGUCCAUUAUGGAAGCAUUGUGUCUUUGAUUAAGGAACUUGCCUUUAAAGUGAAAUCUGUUGUAAACUGCUCCAAAGUGUGUGCUAAAUGACAAAUGCCAAAUAACCAAAACUGCUGGCAUGUGCAUACUGAGUGUCUGUCAAUAAGAAUCAAAUCAACAAGAUCAGAAGUUAAAGUCUCAGUAUCAGUGAGACAGAGCUAAUUGUGUCACUGCGUGUGUAUGGGUGGGUACGAGGUUUAAAUGGGCCCCUCUUCUUUUACCUUGAUCAUUGUCUUGUAUGCUUUUAUUGUCUUUUGAUAGUAUUAAUCUACAUAUAAGACCUGGUUUAUCUAUUCCUUUAUCUGUUAGUUUUAAGAAACAUCCACUCUAUCAUCUGACAGGUAAAAGAUCAGAAUUAUUCUAAAUAAAGUAAUCUAAAGAAAACGUUAUUCACUCACUCUUAGAAAUAAAGGUUCUUCGAUGGUUCUUUGGUUUAGAAAAUGCUGUUCUAAGAUCCAUUUGACUGUAUAGGGUUCUUGAGUUGGCUAUAUAGUUCUUUUGAGAUCAAAGAAAGUUGUUGAUGUAACAAUUAUUGUGACCACUUGAAAGCAUCAUGUUAUUAUCUGCUUCACUCUUAUCAGUGCACAGCAUGUCAUAAUCAUGAUGUAAGAACUGCACAGUCUGUGCCACAUGAGGUCAGCAGAGGCAGAAUAUGUUUCUAAACAACAUACUGUGUGGAUUUGCUGAUGUUAAACGUGUGUCUACUAAACUUCCACCGUCUGCUUCCAUAGUGUCUUCCUAUGUUAUAUCAACAUUAUAUGGAAGUGUUUCAGUACUGAGAUCAAAACUGCUGUUUUUUUUUUUUUCUGAUUGUCUUUCCUUUGUUGCGUCCGAGCUCUGCAGUGGUUCUGUGAUUUGAUUCUGUUAUUUUUGAUUUCAUUUAAUGUGUUUUGUUUUGUUUGCCCCUUGGUUUUCAGUGAUAUUACUCAAUUUUGGCUCUUUUUGUUGUUUUAAUUACUGAACUUUGUUUGUUUUUGUACCAUAACUUUAUUUAUUUAUUUGUUUAUUAUUUAAUUAUUUUCCAUUCUUUUAGUGUAAAUACAUGUGUGAAUAUUUUAUUGAUGUAUUUGUGUUGUUUUGUUUAUUUAUUUAUUUUCUGUUCUCUUUGUUUGAAUAUCACAUUUAUCAAUUAAUUAAUUUAUUAUGUUCUCUUUGUGUGUAAAUUCACGUGAAUAUUUUAUUUAUUAUUUAUUUGUUUGUUUUCUGUUCAAUGUGUGAAUAUUUUAUUUCUGUAUUUGUUUGAUUGUUUUAUUUAUUUAUUUUCUGCUUUCUUCUAAUGUAAAUCCAUUUGAUUUAUUUAAUGUAUACGUACAUAUUUUGGCUAUUUAUGUGUUUAUUUGUACUUGUUUUCUUAGUAUGUAAAUCAAUUGUAUUUAUUUAUUUAUUAUGUUCUCUUUGUGUGUAAAUCCAUAAGUGGAUUAUGUUUAUCGGUUUAUUUAUUUUCAAUUAUUUUGUGUAUGUAAAUCCAUGUGUGGAUGGUAUUUAGUCACCUUUUUAAACUAAUUAUUACGUUUCUAAAAAGAAUGUUAAAAUCUUAAAAUGUGGUAAAAUUGAAAAUAUUGUAAUUGAUUUCAGAUGAAUGUUAAACAACCCCUUGUCCAGACUUAUGAAGAAUUAAAGUGAAAUUUGUUUGGGUCAGCAUGUACUGUAACCUCAGAUUCUACAAUAAAGUUUUAACGUUAUGACUGUA